CAGAGACCGAAAGAGGAGAGAGACCCCGCCCCCCUCGAGAAGAGAAGCCGCAGCCCCUGCAGGACAGGGGUAAGGUCUGGUACCUGUGACCCAGGCGCCCGGGAAGCAGAGGAAAGGAAGGUGGUAGAUGAGGUAACUAGAAUCGAACCAACGCACAGCGCGCGGGAGAACGGGAUUCCUCACGUUCGCCCUCCAGGCGGAGGCCCGGGUCGCUAUGGGUUCCACAGCGGCCCCAGAGGGAGCUCUGGGCUACGUCCGAGAGUUCACCCGCCACUCCUCCGACGUGCUUAGCAAUCUGAAUGAGCUGCGCCUGCGCGGGAUCCUCACUGACGUCACGCUGCUGGUUGGCGGGCAACCCCUAAAAGCGCACAAGGCCGUUCUUAUCGCUUGCAGUGGCUUCUUCUAUUCAAUUUUCCGGGGCCGAGCGGGAGUCGGAGUGGAUGUACUCUCUCUGCCCGGGGGGCCAGAAGCCAGCGGCUUUGCCCCCCUUCUGGACUUCAUGUAUACUUCAAGGCUUCGCCUCUCUCCAGCCACUGCACCUGCUGUCCUUGCAGCCGCCACCUAUUUGCAGAUGGAACACGUAGUCCAGGCAUGCCACCGUUUCAUCCAAGCCAGCUUUGAACCUCUAGGCAUCUCCUUGCGACCCAUGGAGGCAGAACCCCCAAGACCCCCAACAGUCCCUCCACCAGGCAGUCCCAGGCGCUCAGAAGGACAUCCAGACCCACCUACUGAGUCUCGAAGCUGCAGUCAAGGUUCCCCAAGUCCAGCUAGCCCAGAUCCCAAGGCCUGCAACUGGAAAAAAUACAAAUUUAUUGUGCUAAAUUCUCAGACCUCACAAGCAGGAAGCCUGGUUGGGGAGAGUUCUGGUCAACCUUGCCCCCCAGCCAGGCUCCCUAGUGGAGAUGAAGCCUGUAGCAGCAGCAGUAGCGAAGAAGGAGCCACGCCUGUUCUCCAGAGCAGACUAUCUCUAGCUAAUACCACUGCACGAUUCAAAUGUGGAGCUCUAGCAAAUAACUCCUACCUCUUCACACCCCGGGCUCAAGAGACUUCUCUGCCAACUUCUAAGCAGGCUAAUCCACCACCAGGAAGUGAGUUUUUCAGCUGCCAGAACUGUGAGGCUGUGGCUGGGUGCUCAUCAGGGCUGGAGCCCUUAGCCCCAGGGGAGGAGGACAAGCCCUAUAAAUGUCAGCUGUGCCGAUCUGCCUUCCGCUACAAGGGCAACUUGGCUAGUCACCGCACGGUGCACACAGGGGAAAAGCCCUACCGCUGCUCCAUUUGCGGAGCACGUUUUAACCGACCUGCUAACCUAAAAACACACAGCCGCAUUCAUUCGGGAGAAAAACCUUACAAGUGUGAGACCUGCGGCUCGCGUUUUGUUCAGGUGGCACACCUACGAGCACAUGUGCUCAUCCACACCGGAGAGAAGCCCUAUCCGUGUCCCACCUGCGGAACCCGCUUCCGCCAUCUACAGACCCUCAAAAGCCACGUUCGCAUCCACACCGGGGAGAAGCCAUACCACUGUGACCCCUGCGGCCUGCAUUUUCGGCACAAGAGUCAACUGCGGCUGCAUCUGCGUCAGAAACACGGGGCUGCUACCAACACCAAAGUGCGCUACCACAUUCUUGGGGGACCGUAGCUGAGCCCCCCCCCCAUCCGAACUUCGCUCCCUAGGGGCUGUGAAAGGUGUAGGCUCAGGCUUGGUUUCCCUGAUGGUCUUGAUAUGGGGGUGUGCUGGGCCACCCUAGUAUCAGAAACUACUAACACCUUAAUUUUGUACUGGGGGAGAGCAGGGGUGGCAGAUCCUGGCUAGAUCUGCCUCUGUUUUGCUGGUCAAAACCUCUUCCUCACAAUCCAGAUUGGAUAGCU